GAGAAAACGAAACGUGUCAAACUUGGUCAAACUUUGCUGACGUCGACGACUUUCAGGCUGGGAUAGGUUGUGAAAUUGACCUGCAUACAAUAUUACAAUUUAGUCGUUGUUAUUACUAAAAUGUUUGACAAAAGUAACAUUAUAUAUUAACACACAAUUAUUUUUAUUACUAUUAUUGAUUCAAUAAUAUAUUUAGUUUACGUAAGAUGGAACAAAUUUCACAACCAACUUUAAAAGAGGUCUUAAGUGAAAAGAUGACAUCGAAAAACAGUAACUGCAUUGUAUGGAUAGACUUGGAAUUAUCUGGUUUGGACAUAGAAAAAGAUACAAUUAUAGAAAUUGCUUGUAUCAUAACGGAUAAGGAUUUGAACAUAGCGACUAAAGAGUUUAACGUGGUCAUUCAUCAACCGGAUACUGUUUUAGAAACAAUGGAUCAAUGGUGUACCAAACACCAUACUCAAACAGGUUUAAUAAAAGAAUCCAAAUCUAGUCAAGUUAGUUUAAAAGAAGCAGAGCAAAUGUUAUUUAAUUUUUUAAGUAAUCAUGUUCCGAAAGGAGUUUGCCCAUUAGCUGGGAACACUGUUUACAUAGAUCGUAUUUUUUUGCGUAAAUUAAUGCCAUUGGUUAAUAAUUAUUUACAUUAUCGAAUUAUUGACGUUAGUUCAGUUAAAGAACUUGCCAGACGAUGGAAUCCAGUAACUUAUAUGAAUUCGCCUAGAAAAAAGUUAUGUCACAGAGCAAAAAUGGAUAUCAAGGAAAGUAUACAAGAACUACAAUAUUACAAAGACAAAUUAUUUAUAGCUGAACUAUCUUGAUCAAAUAUAUUUCAUUAUUAAAA